AUGACUACAGGAGAAAUUUUUGAGCGGUACAUUAUCUUGUUUUUUGUAUUCCAGUUACUUAUACUACAGGGAUAUGCGGUUGAUAAAUACCGUAUCAACAUCCCUGUGUUUUUUAACACCGAUGGUAUUUAUCACGAAUCUGUCUUUAACACAGCAGUGAAAAUGUUCGAAUCCAGAAAUAGACAAGGCAACAGUGACUCUUAUGCAGAUUUUGAGGUGAAGAUGCACUUUUCAAAAACUGACUUAACGAACCUCUCGUCGCGAGCGAACGGCCUGGACAGUUUGAUCCCGCAGGUUUCAAACUUAACACUUUCAUCUCAUGGUGCGAUAUUAGUAGAUGUGACUGAAAGCAGCGUUGCUUUCUCCACGUAUUUGGAGAGCGUAUCAAUUCCAUCUAUUGGUUUGUUUCGGAGCCAAAACGGAUAUCCAGUUACGCAGGUAUGAAAAAGUCUCCUUUAAAAGUCAUAUUGGUGUUUCUUGGUUUCCAAUCAUUGGUCCAUUUAUAGGCCAUAGUACAUCGCGAUCUUCAACUUAACACUUUGUCUGAAUUUAGUUUGAUUUUGAAAAAUUCUAGCUUCUCCUUUCAAUAUGCACCGGGUAUUUUAAGACCCCUUAAUACCCCUCUCUUUUAAUCAGAGAACAAUCUGCUCCAAUAUUUUGAACAUCUCGACUGAAAAUUUAACCGAUUCGGGUAUUUCCUCCUGUAAGGAAGGUGGAAAACAGAUUGAACUGAACUGAUGUCCACGGUUCAAUAAGCUUGGACUUAAAAAGCACACAGACAAGCAGAAAGGGUCAGUCUUUAUACUAGGUUGCCACGUAAUUAGUUCCGCCAUUUUAUUUGAAAUUCUGUAAUAUCAUACAAACUGGCUGGGCCUCUUGCACUACUGAGUAAUAGAACUGGAAAAAUGUUAGUCAGAACAAUUUUAAAGGUUUAGGGAGUUCGAACACCGAUACUACGUUUGUGUAGCUGAUCUGGCUUAAGGACGCAAGUAAUUAUCAUGUCACUGUUUACAUCUUAUCUUUUAUAAUUUAUACAAAGAGAAACAGUCUUCAUGCACUGAUGAGGUUUUUUUGCCUAAAACAUGCUGGGUUUUAAUGUUUAUAUAUCGUCUUGCAUCUUAUGUAGCACGACUUGUCUUGUAUCGUUAUAAAACACACGUUUAAUCUGGUCAAAGUGCCCGGUACGUCAAACCUAAAUCCCACGUUGGCAUAACAAACAACACUCAGAAUCGUAUAUAAUAUCUUGUCUUGUGCUUUUCUGUGUGGAUUUUAUAUCGCUGCAGUUAAUGAGUUCCUAUUAUUGUUUGAAGUAAACGUCAUUUCAAGCUGAGAAAAUCUUGAUUCUGUUUAAACCGGUAACGUAUGUGUGUGUGGUUUUUUUUUUUUUUCAACUCGUUAUUUGCCUUUUUUUCUAAAUAAAAAAGCAAAUAACAGACAAAAACAUUGCGUCAAUUUUGUGUCGCGCAAUAUGUACGAAUAAACAAAUUGAUAAAAAGUAUAUCUAGAAUCACCUUGUGGCAUAUGGUUUUUAUCGCGAGAUAACGACAGGUUUUUUUUCUAAAUUGAAUCAUUCAUAUUUUUUGCGCUAAUUACUGGUAUAUGUAUAAAAUGACCAGUCCGGGUUUUAAAAGAUCAGCGUUUUGCUUGCAACAAAAAGGACCAUCUUGAUACGAGUCUAUCUUAAGAAUAAAAAGCCACCUGAUUGUAGCAAGAAAAACAGUUUAGCGAAUGAAGACGCGGAUAAUUAAUUUGUCGGAAGUUAAAAUCGGUGCACUGAAUAAAUAUUUGGCAUUUUAAUUAGCGCAAACAUGGCUCGUUCAUGUUAUAAUUUAUUACAGUCAUCAUGUAUUGAAAGAAGAACAGAUUUUCCAUUUUGUUUCUUUACUCAUGAAGGGUCCCCUUUUAUCAUAUUUCUUAAAGAAUGAUUGCUAAAAUGUCAAUUCAAUAAUGCUGUUUUAGGGUUAGGGUUAGGGUAGGUUAGGGUUAGGGUUAGGGUUAGGGUUAGUAUCAACCCUUACCCUAGCCGUAAAACAGCAUUCUUUAAAAACGGGUAGACCCUGACCCCGCGUUUUACUGACACCUACGGGAAUCUCUGCUCGCAGGGUGUAUUUUAAUUACACGGUACUAUUUACGUUUUAUACAAAAGGAAAGCUCAUUUGCUUUGGGACUUGCAAGAGUAGCUGCACCUUCAGUCAUUCAAUAUGCACAAACUAUGAUGGCGAUUUCAAAGAAAAUGGGAUGGCAGACAUUAAGCUUGGUGGCAUCUACGACAUACGAUGGUAAACAAUUUGUUGAUGCCGUGAAUGAGCUUUGUGUUCAGGAGAAAUGGAUUGUUAGAACGAUAUUCUGGAUCGAUGGAGAUGAAACGUUCGACGAAAUAUACAGAGGCAUCAAAAACGUUAUGGAAAGCAAACCCGAAGUUAUCAUUGUUCAUAUUCGCCAACGAUCAAACGAAGACAUAUUUCGCGCAAUUGAUAACCUAUGUGGUAUUUACAACAACAGCGCGUGGCUUAUGAGUGACGUCACAUCAUACGGUGCAAGGAAUAUCUCUUCAAUCCCUCCUGGUGUGAUUAUGGUUAAGGCAAAGGAACCCGAGAUCGGACAUGACUAUGAGCAGUAUAUAAACGCACUGUAUGAUUCAUUUGCCCUAUUUGAAACUGUUUUUAAACGAUCUUUGGUAAGCCUUGGGAAAGACGGAACACAAACUCUCCUUGCCUCAGGGAAUAUGUCAAAAUGCUUGCAGAAAAACGUAAUAAUGUGAGUGGUGAAAAUUUUAAUUUUCUGCUGUUGAAUUCUACGGUGGGUCAUAGGGACAAAACGGUUCCCAGAACGCAUUAACACAAUCCAGAAUCCAGUAACACACCCCGGAAUACAAAAACACUUUCCAGAAUGAGAAUGGGCGUGUUUUUGGACUUUAGGGAGUGCUUUUUCAUUCUAAGAAGUGUUUUUGAAUUCUUGGAAGUGUUUUUAGAUUCUGGGAAGUGUUUUCUUUAGUAAAAACUCGUCCCCGUAGUCGCUCUCGCCCUUGAAACAAAAGGUCCCUAUUAUAGCUUCCUCACGAAUAGUCUCUAGAGAAAUAAAAACCAUAAUCCUGAGAGCAGAGGUUUCUUUCUUGCAUGGCUUUUAGCGUUUACGAAGUUAUUCGCUUGGUUUGUCUGUUGCGUUGUUGGUUUGUUUACGCCUCAGGGUAUAAUGCCACCAAUAGGCAUUAUAACAAACGAAAUUAACUUUUUACUUCAGAUAUUUUUCUGUUAACGGUAAUUAGUAGAGUCUUUCGUAUAAACGAAGCCCCUGCCAAUAUUAUAGGCAUUAAGCUCUGUAAAAUUUACUUGCCUUCUAAUUCGCACAGGUACUUACAGGAAACUUACAUCGAAGGAAAAAGUUCUUUAUUUAAAGAGCAUCACUUACAAGAUCCUCUUGGCUCAGUCUUUAUCAUAUUAAACCUUAAAAGAGAUCUUAGUGGUGAAAAGCAUUGGUCUCAAGUGGGCUUGGUCACCCCUGCAGGCCUCGCUUUGGAGCCAAUGAUGGACCUCGAUGGAAAUACCUUGUUUCCGCUCCUUCAUCCAAAGCGCCCUAUUCUCCGAGUCCCUGUUGUUAUAUGGCCCCCACUGGUGCAAGCAAAGGCCCCUGCGAUGCCUAAGAGCCACCGACCAUGCUUAGGAAGAGCACUCCCAUGUUACAGUUACGGUAGUGUCACGAAUUCAAGCCAGGAGAUAAAGCAACUUCUCUGUUGUUUUGGAGCAUCGAUAGAUUUUUUGCAAUCCUUGCAAAAAGAUCUCGUAUUUGACGCUGAAAUUUAUGUCAGUUCUGACGGUCUAUACGGCAAGUUCGAUACAAGUAAAAACAAUUGGACCGGGAUCGUGGGAGAAAUUAUUUCCGGUAAAGCAGAUCUAGCCCUUGACUUGUCGAUAACCAUGAAUCGUUCACAGUAUAUCAACAUGAUAUAUCCAAACAUAGCAACGGCACUCAAUAUCCUGGUCCAAAAGGAGUUCUCCCAUGGAAAAUCAGGUAAAUUGAAAGCUAUCAGUAAAUUCGUCUUCAGUGUGUGUUCAACUGCUACAAAGUAGCUGUCCAUAAUCUAAAACUGGAUAUUAAACAAUUAAUAAAUGAGGCUGAACAUCUUAUUUAUACGAUAAGAACGCCGAAUUCAAUAAUUGUUAUAUUGUUCAUUCAAAACGUAUCUGUUAUUCAUUCAAAACCAUCGAUGUUAAAGUUCAUAUUCGAUAGUGCACGUUUAGGAUUGUUCAGCUCCGCAAAUAUUCUCCAAAUAGCAGAUGUCGCCCUUUGAGUUGUCUUCUUCCUGUUCUUGCCAUGUUUUCAGCUUUUAUUUCGCCUAGUUCUUAAUCUUGAAAAGAGUGAAAUGUCCGCCACUUUUGUUUUCACAACCAAAACAACUCAACCUCGUCCCCAGGUCUUCUCGGUUAACGGUGCAUUAACCUACAAAAAAGCUGCACUUUUGACGUCAUCGGUUCAUUGAUCGCAAAAUUCUUCCAAAUUUGGUCAUCAGUAGCUGGUUAUGGUGAAUUACGCGUGUGGUUUUAGCCAAUUAGAAUCGGGAAAAUAUUUUGAAUGGAUAAUAAUGCAUAUUAACCAGCAUUACUGAUAAUGCAUUACCCUUGCGCCUCAACAACGGUAAUAUAGUAGGGUACAGUGAGACCAUUUUUGCGGAGGAAUACGCAAAACACGCAGAACACGAAUUAAGGUAGCUCCACGAAAAGGCGACUUGACGCUCUAAGCUCCGAAGCGGUCCCUGCUAUUCUACUAACAAGUGAUUCGCCAAAAACAUCCAAACUAUGUUAAAUGUUCCCUACCCGUGAUUGACUGUGAAUAUACCUUAAUGGAAAAAUGGUCUAUUGGUCGGAGUAGUCCAACCGGGCUUUAAUGUCACUGGUCAAGCUUCCAAAAUUUUACAAACCUAUUAACAAAACAUAUAACAAUGAAAUGUGCCAGCUCCAUAACUAUUGUAUUAAAUUAAACCCAUCACAUAAAUAUAAAUGCUGAGUGCAUUUAAUUCUCUUAUUUACCAGUCAGUUUAUGGUUCUCUUGGCUCAAGCCCUUCAAAGUGGAUUUGUGGAUAGCUAUCUUGGUCACGUGUAACCUGGUCUUGUUUGUGGUCUGGUGGCUGGAUAGGAAAAGUCCUAAAGGUUAUUACCACAUUCUCAAGGACAGUGACGAAGAUGCAUUUACAUUAUUGGGUAAGUGUGUUAUCGAUUCACUUUGUCAUUGAUCGCGACGCUUCAAGCGAUACUUUUUCUUUGCAUGUUUAACUCUUGCUGAUACUUUUAGGAUGCAUAGCUCUAGUGGUUUGAUUGUAUAGAAAUUAUAUAUCAUGUCUCCAGUAGUCUACUUAAAGGAUCGUUCACCACAUGCACACUUCGUUUCUGGGAGGGAAGUAAGAUUUGUGGCGUACUAAUGGCGAACGCUUUCUUACAAUGUGCCCGGAUUUGUUUCCCUGGGGCCAAAACAUAUCGGGGAGGAGGAUUUGGUGGCGUGGGUGGAGGAGCGGUCCUAAGAGAAGGGAGAAAUGGCCCCAAAUUUGGAGAGGAGGGAGAAAUCGGAACAAAUUGUAUUGAGGAGGCGAACACUGAAAUUAAAUGCAGGCCACUGACAUACUGCGAGUAUUUUGGAUAUAAGGGGUAAUGACUGAAUGACACAUUUUAACGGGGAGGGAAUAGUAAGGAUGAGGGAGGAAUUGGCUAAGCUAGAAAGUAGACAGGAAAGAGAUUUACUCCACCGUUUCCCUCCUUAUUGGUAGUUUUCUCAUUCCAGACUUUUUCCGAGUUCAUAAGUUAUGCCAUUUUUUUUUUUAAAAAGCACUUGUUCCGAAAAUCCAGAGCACGAUCACACAUCAAACAAAAGUUCUUGACGGUUGCUAAGUGUUUUGCGGGUGGGCAAAAUUCCUUUGCGUUCAUCAUAUGUUUGAACACAGACAUUUUCAUUGUCGUAAACUCGACAUUUUAUCGUUAUUAUUGUGAAAAAAUCCAUGAAAAGCCAAGACUGACUUCAUUGAUUUUGUGAGAAUGCAAAACAAUGCUUUGCCCAGAACAAUACUUUACAUUGUCUUAUGUUCUGUUUCUUUCCAGACUCCAUGAGUUAUGUAUGGGGCGUUGCCUUUAGCAAAGAUAUAGGUGCUGAGAAGUCCCCACGCAGCAAUAGCGCCCGCUUUGUAUCAGCGGUUUACGCCUUUUUGGCUUUGAUCAUGGUAAAUACGUACUGUGCAAAUCUGAUGGCUUUCUUAGUCCAGGAAUCUCCAAUCCUACCAAUCAGUGGUAUAAGGGAUGAGAAGGUACAUACAUACUCUGAUUACAGGUAGCCAUUACGACUCCUGAAGGAGGAUCGUGAGGUUAUCGAUAUCCCUAUAUUAAAAUCUCUCCUGACGGAGAACUCUCCCACCCCAGGAAAGGCUGAUCGCACCACCGGAUUCAACGCCCUCUACUCUUUUCGACUAGUGGUGUAGGUUCUUUUACGUCCCACAAGGACCAGAUAAGUGAAAGUGCUGUGUGACGUGAUCCACGGUUUUUCGUCCUUAUCCGACCAGACUGCCGCGCUCCCAACUGAGCUAACCAGGCGGCGAUGUGUAUCUACUGCUCACAGCUGCUUACAAUCUCCUCCCAGAGCCUCCUGACGUGAAGCGUCUUGAAGGCUCACGCCAGUUGAGAGGAACCGAAAGCUCUGAGAACGAGAAUAAAUUACGCACAUUGAAAACAAAGUGAAUGGUCCCAAGGACGGUUCAUGACUGCUAGUAGGGAGCUUUAAUAAGCAAAGACGACGACGACGGGAAUGAGAACGGCAAAAAAGCAAUAGGUUUAGAUCAGCAAAACAACAACUUUGCACGCGAAUCAUGCUUUUUUGUGCUUGUCUUUGCCGUCUUUGCACGACUGCGAAGUGAAACUUUUUAAUUUCACCCUUUAUGGAGGGCGUAAACAUAAAGCAUCAGUUUUUGUCUUUUAUUUUUCUGCCCUUUAGAUACAGUCAUUGAAUUUAACCCCAGAAAUAUUCACCUACAUUUGAUAAAUUAAAGGACAUGGAACAACACCGCGAAUUCACUUUAGCUCCCCUACCGUUAGGGGUACACUCUCCUCUAGAUCUUAGGCGUAGCUGUGUUAAUUGUGCUCUCCACAGAUGUCAGUCUAUCACGAGAACAAAAACUGAAAUAUGACUAGCACCCAAUAUCAGGGGUGUUGUCGGUUAAACUGACUUUAUAACAUUUGUUCUUCUGAACAGCUGCGGGAGAAGUCGCUUUAUCCACCACAUGGUUUUAAACUUGGCAUCACUCGAGGUACCAGUGACGAAGCCUACUUCAAGAAUCACGUGGAAGAAGAGUUCAGAAAGAUUUACCAAGUCAAUCUGAAGAUACAUCUGUUGGAUAGCUUUCAGGAAGGCAUCGAUCAACUUAUGCACAAGUUAGUAGCAUUAACACACCACAUAAUAACUGUCUUGAGUUUGAAGGCGACUCAGUUAUAUAUGUCUUUGAAGGCCAAAAAAAAAAAACGUUGAAAAUUAAAAUGUGAAGGGAAUAAUCAGCAGACAAUUAGGUAAGAAAUAUCCGCUUAUAAAACGUGCCUAUGGUUAGAACUGUAACCACUGAGUUUUCAGUGACACAAUCCAUUUGUUAAGCUGUUCAGAAAGUCUUGUCCUUCUUCUUUCAGCAAGAUUCACGGAGUUAUUGGUGACUACCAUUCUUUACAACAAGCUGGGAACGCAGACCCGGACUGCCGUUACAGCCUGGCUGGGAAGAACUUUUAUAAUUACGGCUACGGGUUUGCAUUCCGUAAAGGAUCGCCUUGGACUGAGGAAGCUACUCUAUCGGUAUUGAAAAACCAGGAAAAUGGCAGCAUACAAGAGAUCAUAGACUACUGGUUCAACAAGAAAGACUGUAAUGCAAUGCCGGUGAAGAAAUUAUCGUUUGAAAAGUUCGUUGGUUUGUUUCUACUGAUUGCAGGGGUGAUUGGAUUCUGUUUUAUUGCCCUUAUAUCAGAAAUGUUGAUUAUUUUUCUUUUGAUAAAGUUUGGAAGACACUUGGGUCCUUUAGGGAAGUUUUUAAAGCGAGUGAUUUUUAGCGUUCGCAAGGGAGAAGAAAACGAAAUUCGCAUCAAAUGGUUGCAAUUGUAUAAACGACACAAGAGCAUGAGACCAAAUGAAUCUCAAAGGACUGCUGCUAGCGAAGGUUCGUUUCGGAGGGCUAGCUUUUAUAAUCUUAGCUUUGACUACUAUGGUGAAGCGAUGGACACAAGCUGGAACGAUCAACAGUCACUGAACCUAGGCCAAUGUCAAAUGCUGGACGCUGAGAAAGUUUCAGGUGAAAAUGGAAACAUUUCAGAACCAAACAGUAUAACCGCGAACAUUAGCGACGAGAAACUGCGUUCACGUGACAGGACUAGAGUCUCCAACCAAAUUUCAAAACUUUAA